UUGUGAGUCGAUGAGUCGUGAGGAUAUCAGUAGUCUCGCCGGAGUCCAUACUCCACGCCAGUCUUACCGGUCUGGCGGUCCACAUAAUAUGUGCUUGGUAUUGAUGUUUUAAAAGAUCUUGCGCCUGGAGUACGUGUUAUCGUUGUGAGCACUCAGUAGCGUUAUCUCUGGAGUGAAAAUACGUGGAAAGUGCUGAGUCAUUCCAUUUAACAGAAAUUACGAGUUAUCCGCGUCGCUAACAGCCUGUUGAAAUUCAGAAAAAUAUGCAUUUCCGCGUGGAUACUAUACCAAGAGCCAUAAAUCAUAUAUUUGAAAAUAAAGAACCAUGGCAAAUAGCAGCUAUGACGAGUACAGCUACCCUUGCUACAGUAUGGUUAUGGACUUUUAUUUAUCAGGAUGAGAGUCUUUUAGAACGUGGCAAGAAACAUAUGUUUAGACUAGCUCGUUAUAUUCCUUCUAUUCGUGACAAAAUAAAUAAAGAGCUAGCUAAAGUCAAUGAAACCUUUGAAAAUGAUGUUUUGCGCAGAUUUAAAGAAACUUCAUUCAUUGUGCAUCUUCCCAAAAAUGGAUUAAAAAAUGAAAAGCUAUUAAGUUUAGUAAAUCAGUAUAUUUAUCUUGGUGAUUAUGAUUGGAAAAGAGGUCGUGUAUCAGGUACAGUUUACAGAACUAACAGUGAACUUACAGAGUUAAUGGGGAAUGUAUAUGCAAUUGCAUCUUAUACUAAUCCACUACACCCUGAUGUUUUCCCUGGAAUUUGUAAAAUGGAGGCAGAAGUAGUUCGGAUAGCCUGCCAUUUGUUCAAUGGAGAUAAAGAUUCUUGUGGAACUAUGACUUCGGGUGGCACAGAGUCAAUUUUAUUAGCAUGCAAAGCAUACCGAGAUUAUGCUCGUGAUGUCAAAGGCAUAAAAAUACCAGAGAUAGUGCUUCCAGUUACCGCUCAUGCAGCGUUUGACAAAGCUGCCAAAUAUUUGAAGAUAAAAGUAUGUUACGUGCCUGUUCAUCCGCACAGUUUUACAGUUUGCAUCCAAACAAUGAAAAAGUCAAUUACGAAAAAUACAAUAAUGUUAGUAGGAUCUGCGCCGAAUUUUCCCCAUGGAACGAUGGAUAAUAUCGAAGUAAUAUCUGAAUUAGGCAUAAAAUACGGUAUUCCUGUUCAUGUAGAUGGCUGUCUAGGCGGUUUUCUAGCCUGUUUUAUGUCUGAUGCUGGCUAUCCUUUACCACCCUUUGAUUUCAAGCUUCCUGGUGUAACCAGUAUAUCAGCUGAUACUCAUAAAUAUGGAUAUGCUCCGAAAGGAUCGUCGCUAAUCCUUUAUCGAAACAAAAAAUACCGA